CUCUCCGCACUCCGACCGCUCGCCAGCUCGCCUCAGGUCACCAUGCAGGCCAACAUCGACACAUCGAACGACUACCCGUCCUUCGGUCUCGCCCUCGAUACGCCGUCCAAGUUCAUUCACGGCGGCACCCCGCCGUCAUGGUCGAUCGAGGGCGCCAUCACGCCGUCCUUGUUCGGCUCGCUCGACGCCGGCCGCGGCAUGACGCCGUCCUUCUCCGGCACCGUGGCCGGCGGCAGCCGCGAGACGAACCCGUUCGAGCUCACGCUCGGCGGCGCCGCGACCAGGCGGCCCUCGACCGCGGCGGCGGGCGGCGCGUUCGACGAGGGCAAAUCCGCCGGGUCCAAGGGCGCACCGCACCAGUUCGACCUGUUGGCGUCGCACACGCCGCUCGGCGGGCGCAAGCGUGCCCUGUCCUCCCCGGCAAUCUGCACGCCCGGCGGCUCCUCCCUCAACUUCCUCCUGCCGACCUCCCACGCCACGUCCAUCCCCACGCUCCACAACUUCGCCCUGCAACCGCUCCAGAAGCGUCCUCGCAUCGACUCGCUCGCCUCGUCCGCCCUGUCCGUCGCCGACAAGGUCUUCUCGGGCACCGAGCGCGAGAGCGACGACUCGCCCGCCUCGUCUGUCGCCGACACGCCGCCCGCCUCGACCGCUUGCCCCUCGGGCUCGAAGAGCCCGCAGCGAGAGCGGCGUGCGAGCGACAUCGCCGUCGGCUCGUCGUCGUUCGGCGCGCCCGCCAUGGGUCCGGCGCCACCGGCGUCGGCCUUCUCGCUCCUGUCGCAGCUCGAGCAGCAGCGCUCGGCCAUGAUCGCGGCGGGCAAGGCGACGCUCUCGCAGAGCAUGCCGCUGCCGAUGGGCCCGGGCGCGCUCGACAUCACGGUUAAGACCGAGGCGGUGGAGGACUCGCUCGCGGGCGCGCAGCCGACCGUCACGCGCGGCGUGAGCAAGAAGGGCAAGGCGCCGGCCGUCUCGUUCGCGCCGGUCGGAGGUGCCGCGUCCGAGGAGGGCACGCCGGCGCCGACGCCGAAGCGCAAGGGCGGGCGCAAGAAGGCGUCGCCGAGCAAGGAGGGCGAGGGAGCCGAGCUCAAGGAGGGCGAGGAGGAGGACGAGGAGUCGCUCAAGCGCCGCCAGUUCCUCGAGCGCAACCGCGUCGCGGCGUGUAAGAGUCGCCAGAAGAAGAAGGAGAAGACGGCGGCCAUGGAGCGUCUCGCGACCGACCUGUGCAACCGCAACCACGUCCUCCAGCAGACGGCGCUCGCGCUGCGCCAGGAGGCGCUCACGCUUCGCCAGCUCAUGCACGCCCACCAGAACUGCAGCUGCGAGCACGCGCAAGGGUACAUCGCCCGAGACCGGCAGGGCGGCGGCAUCGCCACCAUCGACCAGCUCGCCGGCCGCACGCUCCACCUCGACUACUCGGUCCCACCGUCGAUGGGCACCGACGACGACGUCUACUCGUUCCUCGACCGUCCCGGAGCGGGUGCGCCCUCGGCCCCGACCCGCGCCGUCUACACCGGCGCUCAGCUCCCCGGCGCCGCCAUCCCGAUCAUCGACAAGGGCGUCCAGGCCCGCUCCCUGUCGCCGGCCGUCAAGCGUCCGACGACCGUCGCCUCCACGUCGACAACCAAUGACUCGUUGACGCGCUCGAUGAUGACUCGUCGCGCCGCCGCCGUCGCGAGCGGGUCGAUGGGCUCGGACAUCGCGCCGGCGCUCGUGCCCGCGCCGAUGCCGCCGACGAUGGACCUGUCGGACGCCGACUUUGCCGGCCUCGAACGCCUCGACAUGGCCGCUGCGCUCGAGGGGAGCUUCGACCGCGACGCGCCCGUGAGCGCCGUCGACCCUUCGACCCAGGCCAUCCUCGACAUGCCGCUCGCCAAGCACUUCCGCUCGAGCAGCGCGCCGCCGACGACGCCCGGCUGGGACGGUGCGGCGCCGAGCGGCGACUACUUUGCCCCCAAGACGCUCGCGACGCACGCGUAAUGCGCCCUCAGCACGUCUCGAUUCCCCUUCCCGCCUCCGUCUCGCCCGGCGCGGCGCCUCUCUUCUCCUUCCUCCGCCUCGCUCUCCCCUGUGUACAUACCUACCUCAGUCGUUCUCCUCUACCCUUUGUUGAUCCUCCCCUCCUCGCAAAACCACUCUCGUAGCCCCUCUUCCCUUCCUCCCUCUGCUCCCUGGUCCCUCUCUUUCUCUCGCUUGACGGCCUUGUAGCUAGGCAACCCCAGCGUUAACAGUUAGUGCCCCUCGAGUCCUCGCCUGAUCGAAACACGCCGCGUGCAGGACUC